GUCAGGCCCGCUGCCAUGGCGUCUUAUUUCGAUGAACACGACUGCGAGCCGUUGCACUCCGAGCAGGAUGCCCGGACCAACAUGCUGCUGGAGCUCGCCAGGUCCCUUUUCAAUAGGAUGGACUUCGAAGACUUGGGGUUGGUAGUAGAUUGGGAUCACCACCUGCCUCCACCUGCUGCCAAGACUGCAGUUGAGAACCUCCCCAGGACAGUCAUCAGGGGCUCUCAGGCGGAGGAGGAGACUGCCAUUGAGAUGCCUUGCCAUCACCUCUUCCACUCCAACUGCAUUCUGCCCUGGCUGAGCAAGACAAAUUCCUGCCCCCUGUGCCGCCACGAGCUGCCCACUGAUGAUGACACUUAUGAGGAGUAUAGACGAGAUAAGGCUCGCAAGCAGCAGCAGAAGCACCGACUCGAGAACCUCCAUGGAGCCAUGUACACAUGAGGUGGCUGGGACGGCACACCAGUCCUCCACAACACCUUCCUCGUCUGCCUCGGAUUCUCAUUAAAAGUUUCUUUACCC